AUGACCCAGAAUCGUACAGAAGAAUGGUUCCUGUCUGGCAAUGCGAAAUGGCGUCCAACAUGGAGUACCCCUGCCACCAUGGAGCAGUUGAGGAAGUACGGCCAACCGCCCGAACGUCCACUUAUGAUUGUCACAUGCAUGGAUCCACGCUGCGAACCGUCUCAAUUCCUCAAUGGAGCAGCAGGGCUAUUCGCGACUGUCAAGAAUGCAGGUGGCAGAGUCACUCCGGACGCUAUUCGUAGCAUCUUAGUUCUCCGGAGCUUGAACACUGUCAGCGAUGCCGGAACGGUAGCUGUAAUUAAGCACACUGACUGUGGCAUGACACACCUAAGCGAUGAACAGAUUAGAGGCGAUGUUAAGAAGAGAACGCCUGCCCAAGCUACACAGGCUGAUGCUAUCGAGUUUGGUACCUUUACUCCCGAACAGCUUGAGGAUGUGCUUCGCGAGGACGUGCAAGCACUAAAAGACGAGAAAAUGCUGCAUGGAAUGGAUAUUCUUGGGUUCGUAUUUAUCACCGAAACGGGUGAGCUAAAGAAGGUUUGCUGA